AUGGGGAUCUUCUGCCACCAGCAGCCGCUGGCCACCGCUGCGCGACGCAUCCCCAGGAGAGCCGGGGACAGCAGCGCGGCGCCGGCAUUCCCGCUGCUCCUGCUGCUCGUCCUGCUGGCCUCCUGGCCGGCCGCCUGCCGAGGYGCACCGAUGCCAUCGCAAGCACUACAGGCAGAUGAGGAUAUGCAGCUGUGGAAGGAGAUAGAUGAUGCAUGCUCCACCUACUUGUCCACAGAUUAUCAGCCUCAGGCUUCCAGUGCCCUGGAAGAGCUUUGCUUUCUGGUCAUGGGAUUUCUCCAGAAACCACAGGGUUUAGAUGAAAAAGACAACACCAAAAGGUUCUUAUUUCAUUAUUCUAAGACUCAUGACUCAGGCAACUCAGACAUCAUGUCGUCUGUCCUGCAUCCCUUGCUGCAACUCGUUCCCCAGCUUAAUGAGAGAAGACUGAAGAGAUACAAAGUGGACGAAGAACUGCAAGGACCUGCAGGGAUUCAAAGUAGAGGCUACUUUUUCUUCAGGCCACGCAAUGGAAGGAGAUCAGUGGAUUUUCGCUAAGGAGGAUUUUAGAUUCCUGAUGUAGAACUAAUCCUGCAGGAAUGCUGA